CAAUCCUCAACAAAACAACGUUUUUUUUUUUAAUAAUACUAAACUAAAUAUACUGUGUUGUGUUUGUGUGAGACUUGUGUGUCUGUGUUUCUCUCUCCAAGUCUUCUCCCCCAAUCUGAGAGGUUCCGAGAUCCGAACCCUCUCUCACUCUCUCUCCUUCCACCAUGUCCUUCUUCCAAUCCCGAUCCAUUUUCUUCUUCUUCCUCUCUCUCUUCCUUUCUUCAGCGUUUGCUUCCGAAUCAGAUCACAAGUAUCAACAAGAUGAACAGGUUACCCUUUGGGUGAAUAAAGUUGGUCCUUAUAACAAUCCACAAGAAACAUAUAAUUAUUACAGCCUCCCAUUUUGUCAUCCAUCUAGUACUUCUGAAGCUGCACACAAGUGGGGUGGCCUUGGUGAGGUCCUUGGUGGCAAUGAACUCAUUGAUAGCCAACUUGAGAUAAAAUUCCAGAAACAUGUGGAAAAGACUGUCUUCUGCCAGAUAGCUCUGGAUGAGGCAAAGGUUAAACAGUUCAAGGAUGCUAUAGAGAAUAAUUACUGGUUUGAAUUCUUCAUGGAUGACCUUCCUUUGUGGGGAUAUGUUGGUGAGCUACAUCCUGACAAAAACAGUGAUAAUGGCAAGCAUGUUCUCUACACACACAAGAAUAUUAUAGUGAAAUAUAACAAAGAUCAGAUCAUUCAUGUCAAUCUCACUCAGGAUAUACCAAAACCUUUGGAAGUAGGGAGACAUUUGGACAUGACAUAUGCUGUUAAAUGGAUUCCUACUAAUAUCACCUUUGGACGACGUUUUGAUGUUUACCUGGACUAUCCUUUCUUUGAGCAUCAGAUCCAUUGGUUCUCCAUUUUUAACUCUUUUAUGAUGGUCAUCUUCCUUACUGGAUUGGUGUCAAUGAUAUUAAUGCGAACUCUGAGAAAUGACUAUGCCAAAUAUGCUCGGGAAGAUGAUGAUCUUGAAACUCUGGAGAGGGAUGUUAGUGAAGAAUCUGGCUGGAAACUUGUGCAUGGUGAUGUAUUUCGCCCUCCUCGUGGUUUAGUUAUUCUUUCCGCUGUUGUUGGCACAGGUGCCCAGCUUGCAUUGCUGGUUCUUCUUGUCAUCUUAUUGGCUAUUGUUGGGAUGUUAUAUGUUGGGCGAGGAGCAAUUGUCACAACCUUCAUUGUGUGUUAUGCUCUCACAUCAUUCAUUUCUGGUUACGUAAGUGGGGGAAUGUAUUCUCGGAAUGGGGGGAAAAGCUGGAUUAAAUCAAUGAUUCUUACAGCUUCACUGUUCCCAUUCAUGUGCUUUGGAAUUGGAUUUAUCUUAAACACAAUUGCUAUAUUCUAUGGGUCUCUAGCUGCCAUCCCAUUUGGCACAAUGGUGGUGGUUUUUGUUAUUUGGGCUUUUAUCUCUUUCCCUCUAGCACUUCUUGGUACAGUUGUUGGAAGGAACUGGAGUGGUGUUCCAAAUAAUCCCUGUCGUGUGAAAACCAUUCCUCGCCCCAUUCCUGAGAAGAAGUGGUACCUCACACCAUCUGUGGUUUCUAUGAUGGGAGGGCUGCUACCCUUUGGAAGCAUAUUUAUUGAAAUGUAUUUCGUAUUCACUUCCUUCUGGAAUUACAAGGUUUACUAUGUGUAUGGCUUCAUGCUACUGGUUUUUCUGAUUCUUAUGAUUGUUACUGUCUGUGUGACAAUUGUGGGUACAUACUUCUUGUUAAAUGCUGAGAACUAUCACUGGCAAUGGACGUCUUUCUUUUCAGCUGCCUCGACAGCUGUUUAUGUGUAUUUGUACUCAAUAUACUACUACUAUGUGAAGACAAAGAUGUCGGGCUUCUUCCAGACGAGCUUCUAUUUCGGAUACACUUUGAUGUUUUCUCUUGGGCUAGGAAUUCUAUGUGGAGCUGUGGGUUUUCUUGGUUCAAAUUUGUUUGUGAGGAGGAUUUACAGAAACAUCAAGUGCGAUUAAGGAUUUUUUCUUUGUUCAGACGCGGAGCACUUCCAUUAAUUUGUUGUUGGAGACAAUGAACACUUUGGAGGGGGCCUAUGGUUAUAUGUGGGGAACCUAACAACAUUUACAGGUAGAAUCACAGGGUUUUGAGGAUGUUGAGGAUGAAUUCUUUCUGUAUUGGGCCCUGAGAUUUUUUUUCCCCGGCUGUAAUUGAUUGUCUUUAUAAUUUAGAUAGAUAGUUUAAUAUCAAACUCUUGUGGCUACUAUUUCAUCCCUUUAUAAGAUAGGUGCCAAUUCAAGAACAAGAACUGGUCUUUGAUUCCCCUACAUGGUUAAGUGGUUAACUAUUCAAUGUAUGUAAGAGGGGAAUGAAGUCUGAAUUUUGUAUGAAGAUCUGAAUAUCAUUCCUAUCUGCUUCCUUUGCACA